AUGCAGGAUGAAGAUGGAUAUGUCGCCUUAAAUAUUAAAACUCAAAAACCAGCUCUCACUUCAGUUGACCCUGCUUCCUCCUCUUUGUGGCGUGUGAUGGCUUUGAUUCUGCUGAUCUUGUGCAUGGGGAUGGUUGUUGGGCUGGUGGCUCUGGGGAUUAUGUCUGUCACGCAGCAAAACUACCUACAAGCUGAGAAUGAACAUCUCUCAGGAACUCUGAAACAAUUAGCGAGGAAGUUCUGCCAAGAUUUACUACGACAAUCAGGACAAAAGGAAAGCCAUAAAUGCAGCCCAUGUGACGUACACUGGAGAUAUUAUGGAGACAGUUGCUAUGGAUUCUUCAGGCACAACUUGACAUGGAAAGACAGUAAGAAGUACUGUGCUGAUGUAAAUGCUACUCUUCUGAAGAUCACCACGGAGGACAUGCUGCAAUACAUCAGUAGCAGGACUGGAUUAAUUCGUUGGGUUGGAUUGUCCCGCCAGAAAUCCAGUGACGUCUGGAUGUGGGAAGAUGGCUCAGUUCCCUCCAAGCAUUUGUUCAAACUUUCUGGAACUGCAACAGAAAAUAUGAAUUGUGCUUAUUUUCAUAAUGGGAAAAUUCACCCUACCUUCUGUGAGAACAAACAUUAUUUAAUGUGUGAAAGGAAGACAGGCAUGGCAAAGGUGGACCAACUACUUUAAUGCAAAGACAUGCACAGCAUGUCACAGACAAGUGCUUGAUAGUACAAUAAGAGAUCUGGAUGAAGGAAUCACUAGCCAUAGAAUUGCUUAUUUUUCCCUUUAUUCCCCUUAGAGUCAUCUUUACAUUAUCUUUCCUACCAACACCACUUAGUUCCUUCUUUAUAUAACCCUUUAUACUGAGGAAUAACUUAGUGCCUUCUUUAUACAUCCAGAAACCAGUCUAUGAGCUGAUUGUUUGUUUCCCAAUGGUUCUGCUUCCAUUAAUUUUCAUUCUUCUUGUCUUCCAUUCCUAAUUAUCUCAACAUGCUGUGAUUCACUGCAUCUUCAGACAUAAGCAUAUACAUUUUACAUUGAAACAAGAAAGGCUAGCGCUUAAAUGACUUAAGCUCUGCAAAACAUCUAAGUCUGAGACUAUGCAAAAUAUCUAAGUUUGAAAGACAGCAUAAGAUGGUGGAAAGUACACUAAACUUGGAGUCAGUAGAAUAAUUUAGAUGGCAUGAUCA